AUGCAAAGCAGGAAGAUCAAUGGAUACCCACAAGAGCAAUACUAUGGUGAUGAUAGCUCGUGGAUGGAAACUAAGGCUCAGCAGCUACAGAGCCAAGGAUAUCCACAGACACAGCAAUAUCCAGGCAUGAAACCAGGUUAUGGCAAGGAUUCUGAUUACUCCAUGCCAAAUCAUGGCCAUGACUCUAACCAUAAUAUGUAUUAUCAGGACAAGCCUCAUGGCCAUGGCUAUGGUAAUGGCUAUGAUAAUAAUCAUGGUCAUGGCAAUGGCCAAACAUUCCCUUUUGGUGCUACCACUAAUCACUCACCUCAUCAUGGUAAGCCAUUCAAACACGGUGGUGGUGGCCACAAGGAUUAUGUCUCACAGCAUGAGUAUGAAGUUUACAAGGAAGAGCGUAUCGGUUCUGGCGCGACCAAGAGGGAUGAAGUGAGAUAUGAAAGGCGUGGAACAUACGGAGGAGAUGUUUAUCAGGCCAAUCCAUAUGGAUACAAUAAUAACAUGAAUAAUCCUAAUGGUCAUGGAACAAAAAAAGCCAACUGGACACUAAAAGGAGUCUAA